GUUAAAUAUUAAAUUAGAAGAUUUAUCUCAAAUACAAAAUUCAAAUUUAGAGCUUUUACCCCCAAACACUCCGUUCGCUGCUACCCCACCGCCGCCACUCCACCGCCGAAAGCCAUUUUUCCUUCUCUCUAAAAUCACUCAGAAAUUUUGAAGAAGAAAGGCCUAUAGUUCUCGUUCGGCGCAACGGUGCACAAAAGAUCAUGAAGCUAUUCUAUAUCGGCUAUCCAGACUUUUCUCCCCUUCGGUUGACUUUGCCUGCCUCUGAACCUCUACGAUUGGUCCGUGUUACUUCCCGGAAAUGAGUUAAGAGCGCGAUUUUGGUAAUUGGAAUUGCGGCUUCCUAAUUUGUGUUGUUUGGCAAAGCCGUUGAAGCCUCAAUAUAACGGAGGAAUAAUCGUGAACACCGAACCGAAUAAGAAAUUAGAUUCUUGUGUAAUUUCCGGAGAUGCGAACGCGACGAAAGAAUGCAUUUUCUCACAAAAGCUCUUAUUGGAGAACACAAAACUAUAUACUUUCUCUGCAUGGUUGAAAGUAAGCGACGGGAAUACCGACAUAGGAGCGGUUGUCAAGACGAGUACAUACAAUCAAAGUGUGGGCACAGUUUUUGCUCAACAUGGUUGUUGGUCCAUGCUCAAAGGUGGUUUUAUCGCUAAUGCUUCUGGCCCGGCGGAGCUCUUAUUUAGGAGCAUAAAUGCAGAUGUCGAUAUAUACGCAGACAGCAUCUCACUGCAACCAUUUACGGAACAAGAAUGGAAAUCCCACCAAGAUAAAAGCAUCGAAAAGGUCCGCAAGUCAAGGGUCAAAUUUCAGGCGGUUGACCAACAUAACCGCCCCAUCUCCAACGCCACAGUCACCAUCAAACAACGCCGCCCCAGUUUCCCCUUCGGCACCGCCAUCACAUUACACAUCCUCGAAAACCCCAAAUACCGAGAUUGGUUCUUUUCCAGAUUCAGAUACACUGUCUUCGAAAAUGAAAUGAAAUGGUACGCAAACGAAAUCGAAAGAGGCGUCGAGAACUACACCAUUUGCGACGCCAUGGUCCGGUUAGCCCAAUCCCACGGAGUCGCAAUCCGAGGCCACAACGUAUUUUGGGAUCACGGCAACCUCCAGCCCGAGUGGGUCCCGGCACUUUCGUCUGACGAAUUGCGUGUGGCCGCAGACAAGAGGAUAAAAUCAGUGAUGAACAGAUACAAAGGUCAGCUAAUUCACUGGGAUGUCAUGAACGAGAAUCUCCAUUGGAACUUCUUCGAGACAAAGCUGGGGCCCAACGCUUCCAAUGUUUACUACGAGAUGGCAAACAAGCUUGACGGAAAAGCGUUGCCGUUUCUGAACGAGUACAACACCGUUGAACAUGCAGGAGAUGUUUAUGAUAAGGCGACUCCUUCAAAGUAUUUGCAGAGGAUUUGGCAGAUGAGGAAGAUGGGGUAUAAUGGUCCUUUGGGUAUUGGAUUGCAGGCGCAUUUCUCCACUGCGAAUUUGCCGUAUGUUAGGUCGACUAUUGAUCAGCUUGCUUCUGCGAAAUUGCCCAUUUGGAUUACUGAAUUGGAUGUUAAAUCCGUGCCCAACCAGGCAUUAUACUUGGAGCGAAUUACAAGGGAGCUUCAUUCACAUUCGGCAGUCGAAGGAAUAAUGAUGUGGGCUGCGUGGAAACCCGAGGGAUGCUACGCUAUGUGUUUGACGGACAACAAUUUCAAGAAUUUGGAAACCGGAGAUGUUGUCGACAAAAUUAUAAGUGAAUGGACUCAUGCUGCUGACUCACCUGGGACCACAAACGCUAAGGGUUUGUUUGGGACUUCACUAUUUCACGGCGAUUACGAAGCUACAGUUAGUCUUGGCAAUGGAGAUAAACAUUCUUGUUCACAAGAUUUUAGUGUUUUGCCAAACAAGGGAUCGAAGAAGACGAUUCACUUCAAGAUCAAUAUCUAAGAUGGAAAUAUUGUGCACGAAAAUAUAUUGUUGUAACAACAUGUAAUAGUGUUGGGGGUAGAGUAUUCUUUUCCCCGUGCAUAUAUAUGUUUUUAUUUAUAUAAUAUAUAUAAAUCGAGAAAAAAAGUAUUGUGAU